CCCUCCCAUGCCUGAAUCUGAAUGCCUGUAAUCACCUCCUCCUCACCGACGGCGACCGAGCAGCCAUAUAAGAAAGUGAAGAGAACCUCCUCCCCAUCGUCUCCCUCCCCCUGUCCCUGGUUCGCGAGACCAGAGGGGCGCGAGUGCCACCGCCGAUCUCGCCCGCUUUUCCCCAGAUCUCCCCGCCAUUGCCGCUCCCUCGCCCAGAUUCGUGCGCUCCACCCCCAGAUCCGCCUCCGGGCCCGGAUUUCUCGAGCCGACACGGGAGCGGCGCUCCGGGCGGCGUGAUUCGGGCGGUUUGAUUAGAAAGUUUUGAUCUUUGGGGUCGUUCGUUGGUUCCCUUGUUUGUUUGUUGGUGCUGUGUUUGGAGGGCGGCGGAGAUGGGCGUAGGAGGGGAGAAGUUCCAGCUGGGGACGGUGGGGGCGCUGAGCCUCUCCGUAGUGUCCUCCGUCUCCAUUGUCAUAUGCAACAAGGCGCUCAUGAGCUCCCUCGGCUUCAACUUCGCCACUACCUUGACGAGCUGGCAUCUCCUGGUUACAUUCUGCUCCCUUCAUGUUGCAUUAUGGAUGAAAUUCUUCGAGCAUAAGCCUUUUGAUUCAAGAACUGUUAUGGGAUUCGGAGUACUUAAUGGCAUCUCCAUUGGGCUCCUCAACCUGAGUCUUGGCUUCAAUUCUGUUGGUUUUUACCAGAUGACUAAGUUGGCGAUUAUCCCAUGCACUGUCAUUUUGGAGACACUUUUCUUCAGGAAGAAGUUCAGUCGGAGUAUCCAGAUAUCUCUUUCGGUGCUCCUUUGUGGUGUUGGUGUUGCAACUAUCACUGAUCUGCAACUCAAUCUUGUGGGAUCCAUACUGUCCCUGCUGGCGAUAAUCACGACUUGCAUUGCUCAAAUUAUGACUAACACUAUUCAGAAGAAGUUCAAAGUUUCUUCAACCCAACUGCUAUACCAGUCUUGCCCCUACCAAUCACUGACCCUGUUUCUCGUUGGCCCGUUCCUUGAUGGAUUUUUAACUAACCAAAAUGUCUUCGCUUUUGAUUAUACAUCUCAAGUUGUGUUCUUCAUCGUGAUGUCGUGCUUGAUAUCCGUAUCAGUGAACUUCAGCACUUUUCUUGUGAUCGGGAAGACAUCUCCUGUUACUUACCAAGUCCUGGGCCAUCUUAAAACAUGCCUGGUUCUUACCUUUGGUUAUGUUUUGCUCCACGAUCCAUUUAGCUGGAGAAACAUACUUGGAAUCCUAAUUGCAGUAGUUGGAAUGGUCUUAUAUUCAUACUUCUGCACAGUGGAGACCCAGCAAAAAAAUGUCGAAGUCUCCCCACAGCAGCAGGUGAAAGAAAGCGAGUCUACCCCAUUGAUGUCAGACUCUUUGAGCAAAGUUGAAAAUGGGGGCGGUGUUACUGAUGACGAGCCUAUGAAGGUACCCAUGUGGAGCUCAAAGUAUUCGAGGGCGUGAAAAUUUCUUCCUCCAGACUAUGGCAUCGUACAGGAUUCAAUUAAGUAGGCAGAUAGUAGGGUUGGAAGCCAACCCAGAGUGUAUGGACACUUCAAAUACAUUUCUACUAGCGGUAAAAGGAUCUGUUUCUAGGGAGGAUUUUACAUUUGAGCUUGCAGAUCUGCCUUGAAACUAGCCAGCAGAUAUUGUAUGAUUGUAUCUGGAUAUGCUCCACAUCUUGCUGUAACUUCCAACUGGGAAAUGCCUAUAUCCACAGAUAGAUAUCAUUCUUUUGUAGUAAAGAUCCAGAUAACCGGAGUUGUGCAAGAUUUGAAGUAUUUAUAGGUUCAAGUUUGUGAUCCAGUUCAUAUUUACUUUGGACUCUGAUGCAUGUGUUGUAUGUUUAAAGCCGAUUAAGAAAACAGCUAUUAUUUCCUUUA